UCGUAAAUAAGAUUGAGUAAAGUUAGAUUUGGGGGCGUACCUAGGUUAUGAGUAAGUUCUUUGAGAACUUUACGAAACUGUAACGAAAGCUUUACAAAUUCUUCAACACAUUUCUACAAAAUGUCUCGGCAAACUUCUAGAUUGGACGCCAAGAAAGUUAAUUCCGAGCUCCUAACUCUUACAUAUGGGGCUUUAGUGUCUCAAAUGCUGAAAGAAACAGAAAACACUGAAGAUGUAAACAAACAUCUCGAGAGAAUCGGAUACAACAUGGGCGUUAGACUGAUAGAGGACUUCCUGGCCCGGACAACGUCUACUCGCUGCUUAGAAAUGAGAGAAACUGCUGAUAAAAUACAGCAGGCCUUCAAACUAUACCUUAGCAUGCAGCCGACAGUAACAAGUUGGAGUAGUGCCGGAGAUGAGUUUUCGCUUGUUUGGGACCACUGUCCACUCAGUGAAUGGGUGGAGAUGCCAAGUAACAACGGGCUUAAAUAUUGCGCUUUGAUUCCCGGUGCAAUCAGAGGUGCUCUACAGAUGGUACAACUAGAUGUACAAUGCUGGUUUGUGCAGGAUCAGUUGAAAGGUGAUCCCGUGACAGAAUUAAGAGUGAAAUACUUGAAGAGAUUAGAAGAUGCCGUACCAGCCGGUGAAGAUUAGUCUUCAUAAAUAAAUAAACUAGAUAUUUACAUUUGAUUUCAUAUUUUGCUAAAGGCUGCUAGGAAAACAUAAAAAGAGCCACUGAUUAUAGGAAUCGGUCAUAUUAGAAAAUGGAAGUUUGUAGGUAGUAAAUAUUGUUGAUUGAAUUCAGUAUUUGUAUAAAAAUACAAAAGUACCCUGCAAUAUAUCCUCAGCCUUUUUCUUUAAGUAUUGUCGUAUGAAUUUUUUAUGUGGAAUCACAUAUUUUCAUCUCAACAAUACUGUUUAUAUUAUGGAGCGUAAAUGACGCGUUAUUGUACCUCCUCCUCCUUG